AUGAGCAAGAUAUUUAUAACUGGUGCGACGGGAUACAUUGGCGGGGACUCCCUGGCCACACUCUUUUCCAAAUACCCCGACUUCUCCUACUCGGCUCUUGUCCGCAGUCCGCAAAAGGGCGAACAGGUCAAAGCCCAGUACCCUUCAAUUCGCAUAGUCAUCGGAGACCUUGACGACUCGAAAUUGCUAGAGAAGGAGAGUGCGGCUGCAGAUAUCGUGCUACGUGAGUCAACUUCGCGACCUCGGGAGUAUCCAUUGCUGAAUGACGCUAACCUUAUCCGAACAGACACUGCAGAUGCAUCCGACCAUGUAGGUGCUGCAAAGGCAAUCAUUUCAGGUCUGGUGUCUGGUCACAGCAAAGAAAACCCAGGCUAUUUGUUGCACACUGGAGGAACCGGAAUCCUUACAUGGAGAGACAGCGACAGCAACGAGUACGGCAACAAGAGUGAGCAUGUCUACAACGAUUGGGAGGGGGUAGAUGAAUUGCUCAAUCUGCCUGACCACGCAUUCCACCGUAAUGUUGAUCAGCUCGUGUUGGAGGCUGGAGCAAAAUACGCCGAUGUGCUCAAGACAGCGCUAGUUUGUCCUCCUACAGUUUACGGCCAAGGUCGGGGACCUGUUUCUCAGCGCGGAAGACAAGUCUAUGAGCUAGCAAGCGUGACCCUCCGUCUGAAGAAAGGACCGAUCAUCGGUGCCGGCAAGUCAAUCUGGAAUAAUGUGCAUGUGCACGAUCUAAGUGAUGUCUACCUGCUACUUGUCGAGGCUGCCAUUUCCCGCCGGAACGACCAAGGGCUGUGGGGUGCAGAUGCCUACUACCUCACAGAGAACGGAGAACAUUACUGGGGCGAGCUGGCCGUCGCCACUGCAGAGGCAGCCGCGAAGCUGGGAUAUAUCCCGGAGGCCAAGGCUGAGCCUAUUGAUCUGGAAAGCGCCAAGAAGUACGCAGGCUUUGAGUCUCUCAGCUGGGGCAUGAAUUCACGGGGCCAAGCGCGACGAGCACGCAAUAUUCUAGGAUGGAAGCCAUCGCGCCCUAGUAUCGAAGACGAGUUGCCUAUCAUUCUGCAGGGAGAGUGGCAGCGCUUACAAGAGUCGUCCUAA